CCCAAAACCUCGUUCGCUCACUCUCACUGGGUAGCUCCCGCCUCACUCCUGCGCGCGUAGGGUCGCGUCACACUCCGAUCAUUACCUGUGUUGCGCAGGUAAGAGAGACAUCGCCUCGCCAGUGUUUGGGUGCCCGGACACUUUCGGAACCCGUCCGUCCAUCCGCGCGACGCGCACGCGAACUCACGAAGGCAUCGGACCGAGGAGGAGAAGUCGCGGUCUUUGUUGUGUGACCAGCGCGGUGUUGGAUUCUUUUUUUUUUGUUUAAAGCGAGUUAUGUGCAUAGCCAAGGUGCGAGACACAACGACGUUGUGACGGUGUGAUCUUCCGUGCGUGCGUGCGUGGGUGUGUGAGUGAGUGUGUGUGAGUGAGUGUGUGUGAGUGCGCGAUCGUUGUUCCUUGAGUGCGUGCCCUGCGUACGCGUGUACAAUCAAGUGCGCGCUCUCUCUGCGGGCGUGUGCGCAAUUGGGUCCGCGUGCGCGCGUGCGUGUGUGUGAGAGUGUGUGUGUGCUCCCCUCGAGUCCGCAAUUAAGAAGAGCUUUGUGUGGCUGAGCUGUGUGCGCCGCGCAUCGCACGCUACCGCCGCCGCUCCGCUUUGUGUGCAUUGCGCGGGCGUGGAGCGAGUGCGGGACGUGUGCGUGCGUGCGCGCGCCGAAGCAACUCCAAACCGCACACACGCCUAGUCCCGUGACUCAGUCUCUCAUCCUCUGAGCUCGAUCUCCCCGUCUCGCCUACUCGCUUCGCUUCCGAGCCGCGCUGCGGACUCAUUCCCGAGCUGCGCUGGGCCCGCAUGGCGCUGUUGGCCAUGCGCUCCUGCUGGGUGCUGCUGCUCGCUCUAGCCGCCCUGGCCGCAUGGAGGCCCGGCCCUGGGGUUCGGGCCGACGGGGCAUUCCGCUGCCCGACCUGCACCCAGGAGCGAAUAUCCCGGUGCCCGCCGGCGCCUCCGACCUCCGAGUGCGUUGAGUUGGUUCGGGAGCCGGGCUGCGGAUGCUGCCCCGCGUGCGCGCUGGUCGAGGGAGCGCCGUGCGGAGUCUACACGGCGCGCUGCGGGUUCGGCCUUCGCUGCGUGCCACGGGGCGGCACCGAGAGGCCCCUGCACGAGCUCAUCGAGGGGCUGGGCCACUGCGUUCGCGCCGGAGACGCAGGGGGCCCCACCGCUGAGGCCGACACGGCAGGUGCCGAGCGGGGCGACUUGGGCGAGCACGACGAGGCGGAGGAGUCGCACGAGGUGAGCGCCCACGGGUGGCACGGGGGCCGCGGGAGGGCACCGCCGGCGUCGCCGGUAGUGGCGGCAAUGGCGCCGCCGCCGCCACGCACCAAGCCCUUGCAGAGCGCCAAGGCCGACGCGGUGGAGCGCAGCCUCCACAAGGCCCAGGAGAACGCGCGCUUCCUGGGCCGGCCCAACGGGAUGAAGGAGGACCCGUUCGGAAUGCGAGUACACAACAAGCACACCCCGUCCCAGUGCCAAACGGAGCUGGAGCAGGUGCUCACCAGGCUGGGGAUGCUGCAGCUUUCUGACCGUGACAAGUCCCCCGAAGGCCUCUACCCAAUGCGCAUUCCCAACUGCGACCGCCGAGGCCUCUACAUCUCCAAACAGUGCAAGCCGUCGCUGGACGGGCGGCGCGGCGAGUGCUGGUGCGUGGACCCCUACACGGGCCGGCAAGUGACGGGCUCGCCGGUGCUGCGCGGCGACCCGGACUGCCAGCGCUUCCUGACGCCGACGCGAGCCGGGCGCGACGACCUGGCCGGCGGUGCCGCCGCAAAAACCAAACCCCCGCCAACCCGGCCCCCUCCCGCAUAAUCCCAUAAGCUCCGCUCCUUAACCCCAAACACUCACGGAAGAAGAAAAGAAAAAAGGAAGAUGCGGUAGAACACAAACCUAAUAAAAAAAAAAGCUCUUAUCACAGAGGUACUGUGGCUAGGCUGUGCUGUGCCGCUUCUUGAGCUGUCUGAAGCUCUCUGAUGAUGAGGAAAUAGAACCGUGAUCGCCAUCGGGCAUGCUGACAUAGCACACGUUGGUGUCAUCACCGCCCUGAUGUUGCAUAAGCGAUGCCAUUAGAAUGCCCGUGAUUUUCAAUUCUGUUUAAAUGUCAACGAGGCUUGCGAUUCGUGUCGGACCGCCCAAAACACGUGGCCUAGGGAGGAGGUAUCUAUAACAUAAGCGGUCUUUGUAUGUUUGGGUUCUUGCUUUCUUUUUCUCCACUUACCGUACAUAUAACUUGACUGCAUAUUCUUCCAGAAAAGUCUCCUACCUUCACUUCCUAUACAAACAAAUAAUGAACUCCAAAUCCUCUCCUAAUAGCCCAUGAACUCAUAUUCACUCGCUCUGCCUCCUCAACACACAAUACCAAACAAUCCUUAAACAAGCCCUCCCCGGAAAUCAGAAAUCACCACAAUCCCAUCUCAUUCAGGAUCGUCCCAGCUAUGCAGAUUACAAUCGUACAGCCUCAUCUCCUGCACCACAUCCUAAACAUUCCUCGUAAAAUCCCCACUUUCUUACCUAAAACUAACCAUCGCCACUCCUUACCCUUCAAAUCCUUCAGAGUGCAUCGCCAGCACAGAACCCCCAAAUAUUCCUGGUUCUUGGCUCCUGAAUCCCAUUGAGGUGCAAUCGCAGCUGCAUUGCGCAUGGCAACGUGGGAUAAAUAAAAACCCGAGCAGGCGCCACUGUCUCCCCACCUGGGACUCGCUAUAAACUAUUUAGCUGUUAUACAUUUCCACGUGAUAAGCCACUUCGUUGAGCUAUCACUUGUGGCCAGGUCGCUUCUGAAAAAGAGCUAUAUAGUAGCUCAGUGGGCCUUACCUGGUCAAAUAAAAAAUAGUAAUAAAAUAAUGAUUAUCUCCCGGCCUCUUAGCCACCCCCCGCUACCUAACACGCACGACACCCACACACACACACCAGGGGAGCCCUCGGCAACCGCUGAAUUGGCGGGACCUAACUUGCUGUCGACGACAACUUUGCACACUGAUCUCCAGGGCCACAGCGCCAUCCCUUCUUCCCGUGAGCGCGUGCGUCUCCCCCCCCCUCCCGCCCACCUCCUGAAUUCGGGUGCUGCGUUCGUGCGGUGGAGGGGGGGGGUCCUUGCAUGCGUUAGGAAGGUUGCGCAGCGACGUCGCAGAAGCACGUCCGGGAUUGUUGUCGGCAGCGGCGUGAAUCUCACCGCUUGUCCCAGCGCAGCAAACAGCUACAUCCAAGAUGCAUUGCUGCCCUCGCCUGAGCAAUGCACCAUUUCAUUUUUUUGAGCUCAACCGCCUUAGCGAGGGCUACGCACAGACGCGAUGGUUCGGUGAACCACUCACGGGAUGCCGUUCUGCGCUUGCCAAUGUUCUUAGAGUAAAAAUUACGUCGUUGAUUGGUAAGUACAAUCUUCAUUCGAAUCGGCACCCUUUUGCAUGUUUACCGAUCAUCAGGUGUGUGCAGCCUGCAAUGAUAAUUUGCAUUUGAAAGAUAAAACAAAAAUGCCAGGUGACCGUGGUGGAUCGUAAGGACUGCCAUUUGUGGACUGCCCUGCUCUAAACCAUAGAAUGACAGCUCGUGAUAUCAUCGGGGAUUCAUUUCUCGAUUAAUGUUUGCCUCGUUGGUAGACCGGAGUAGGCCUGUGACUAGAAAUCACAGCAAUAGCGGGGGGUAUAUACUGGAUGUGGGUGUGCCGGUGAGCGGAAUAAAUAUUUUCUGGGUCUUUCACCCGGACAUGGCCAAAAACGAGAACCCCUGGACUAGAACAUUCACGACGGGGAAAUGAAGUGCACGACACACGCGGUGCAAGGUCACAACUACUCGGACCAGCUCGCGCGGGAGAAACAUGUCACCACCACCACCACACAGGACUGAUGACCCCUUCGCCAUGGAUCGUGGCUUCACCUCAGCUCCUGUGCACGAGUGUGAGCAUCGGAAAAGCCGCUCGGUGCAAAUGUGUGAAAACCCCCGCGUGAUCUCGGUAUUUUAUGGUAACUUAGGUCACACAAAGCCAUUGGUAAUUGAAAAGACGAGGUAAGCAUGCAGAGGGUCACCCACAUUUGAGAUGCUGAUUGAAGUAGUUUUUGCUUCCGCUUGUAACGAGCAAGGGUGUAGCUUCAACACAUGGAUUCAUAUUAAUUCCUAAGCUUGCAAUACAUGCCUCAAAUCGCGCGUGUAAGAAUGCGGUGUUCCUCGAUUAAUACGAGUUGUAUGUGAUGGGUUCACAUGACCCCUCCAGAUACUAGAGGCCGCUCCGUUCACAGAAAAAAAUAUUUUUAAAGGAAGAAACGAUUCUUGAAUUGUGACCCUGCAUCGUUGACAAUUCGUUGAAUCGCGAAGGAGUGAAUCGUUGCAUCCCUAGUCUCUGGAGAAUCUGUCCCUUGCCAGUUUAGUAACCACAAUACAGUCCUCGUAGAAUAAUGAUGGAAUGUAUAAUGGGGGGCAGCCUUUUCUCUUAAUGGGGGUGGGCGGAAUUCAAUAUUUUUGCAUUUUUUGCAGCCGUGUCAAAAAAAAAGUCUGCAGACUUUUUACGCAACCCGCAGACUUCACCAUGGUCAAUUAAAAACGAAAGUGAAAAGUACAACUUUGACACGACCCCACUU